AUGCGCUCUCACCAAGCAUAUACAAAGCUAGCUGGCCUAGUAGCCUUCAUCCCAAUUGUCAAAGCCCACGGCUACGUGAAGAACAUAGUCAUUAACGGCGUGUCUUACCAGGGCUACGACCCAACCACGUUCCCCUACCAGUCAAACCCGCCUGUUGUGGUCGGCUGGACGACAUCCCAGACCGAUCUUGGAUACGUGGAACCUGCGGCCUUCGGAUCAGCAGAUAUAAUUUGCCACAGAAGCGCAAGGCCUGCUGGGGGCCAUGUUCGAGUGGCAGCUGGCGACUCGAUCGCCAUCACUUGGAAUACCUGGCCAGACUCACACCAUGGUCCAAUCAUAGACUAUCUUGCGCCCUGUAAUGGUCCGUGUGAAAACGUGGAGAAGACCAGUCUGAAGUUCUUCAAGAUAGACGGCGCCGGGAAGGCAGAUGCUGGUGCCACAACCAGCCCCGGAUACUGGGCUGACGAUGUCAUGAUGUCGAAUGGCUUGACAUGGCUUGUUCGAAUCCCGCCGAAUAUAUACCCAGGCAACUAUGUCUUGCGUCACGAGAUCAUUGCACUACAUGGCGCGAAUCAGGUUAAUGGAGCACAAGCCUACCCCCAGUGCUUCAACCUCGAAGUUGUGGGUUCCGGUACGGAUGCGCCAUCGGGCGUCCUGGGUACGCAGUUAUACAAGACCACAGAUCCUGGCAUCCUAUACAACUUAUACACUACACCCCAGCCGUCGUACACGGUACCAGGCCCUGCUCUUAUCCCGGGUGCAAGUUCGAGUGCUUCCCAAUCGAGCUCAGUCAUAACUGCGAGUGGAAGCGCGACUGUAGGGUACACUUCGGCCACAUCGACAUUGGCGGCUAGCUCACAAGCUGGUCCAACGAGAUCCGGUGUAGGCUCAUCCACACCGUCAAUGUCUUCUGCGAGUGAUAGUCCAACAUCGAACACCAAAGGGACUCAAGCGUCGUCUAGUGCUGCCACGUCUAGUGCUGCACUGUUCACUUCUAGAACAACAACCGUUGCAGGCAGCACAAGUACUGCUGCAAUGGCAAACCCAGACCUUGUGCCCUUGUAUGGCCAGUGUGGGGGUCAGAACUACCAAGGCUCAACGGCAUGUGCGCAGCAGAAGGUGGCCUGUAAUAAGGUGAACGAUUACUACUCUCAAUGUGUUUUGGUUCCAGCGUAA